CCGGAAGUAGUUCCUUUCCGUGUGAUCGCUGGCCGUGUCACCAAACAAAGCCCUGCGCCCCCCCAGCAAUGAUAUCCCACCCCGUUAUCUGUGCUUUCCGUGGCAGUGUCAAGUGUUGGCGACGCGGGGCUGUCCUGAAAGCUGCUCUUUCAGGGGCUGCUCUGGGGGCGUCGGGCUUCGGCAGCUGCCGUCGGUUGUCUUCGCCAAGUGGCGUUACUGGCAUGGAGGAAAUACUGGCCAGGGUCGUAUCACCUCUACCCACGUACGAAACCAGGGACAAGUCUCCCCCUCCUCCCGAAUCCAGCAGCUUGGAGUUCAUGCACUUCUACAGAAGCCUCGAAAGGGACGACAAACUCGACUUCCUGGCCAAGUUGUCACGGGACUUCGGAGUGGAUCAUAAAAGCGUUUCGGAGUUUGCCGGGAAGUUACUGGACACCCAGCUCCGAGACUUGGCGACCAUCCUGCAAGCCGAGGAUCGGCUUCGCUACAGUUUGACUCCCCGCUAUAAACAUAUGCUAAACCACAUCAGCAGGGUGGAAGGGGGGGUCAAGUUUCUGGUGGACCUCCGAGCCGACGUGCUUGAAAUAAUCUCGUCAAAAAGUAGCGAGAGCGCGCACUUCAGGGACCUGAAUGGCACGCUGAAGAGCUUGCUGUCCGAGUGGUUCUCCGUGGGCUUGCUCCGACUGGAGCGGAUCACCUGGCAGUCCCCCUGUGAGAUCCUACAAAAGAUCAGCCAGUACGAGGCGGUGCACCCCGUCAGGAACUGGGCUGACCUGAAGCGCCGGGUGGGGCCUUACCGCCGCUGCUACGCCUUCACCCAUGCGGCCAUGCCGGGGGAGCCUUUGGUGGUGCUGCACGUGGCCCUCACGGAAGACAUCUCUGAUAACAUACAGAGUAUUGUUCGGGAGUUCGCCACGCUUGACCAGGAGGAGGACAUCAACAAGAUAAACACAGCCAUCUUCUACUCCAUCUCCUCCACGCAGGCUGGCUUACAAGGAGUGGAGCUGGGCAACUACCUCAUCAAGAGGGUGGUGCGGGAACUGCAGAGCGAGUUCCCCCACAUGGCCCAGUUCUCCAGCCUGUCGCCCAUCCCAGGGUUCUCCUCGUGGCUCCAAGGCCUCCUCAGCCAGUACCGGAAGGAAGGCCGCGGUUCGGACCUCCUCUCCGAGCAGGAGUGGCGCGAAGUGGAACAAGUCACCGACGCGGCCCCCGGCACGGGCGCCAUGGAUGCCCUCCGUAAGCUGAUCGCCACCAGCGAAUGGAUGCGCUCCGAUCGUCUCUCCUGUCUCCUGGAACCCGUCCUGAUGCGGCUCUGCGCCUGGUAUCUGUACGGAGAGAAGCGGCGGGGCUACGCGCUCAACCCCGUGGCCAAUUUCCACUUGCAAAACGGCGCCACCAUGUGGAGGAUCAACUGGCGUGCGGACACCAGCCCGAAAGGCGCGGCAAACUCUUGCGGCGUUAUGGUGAACUAUCGUUACUUCUUGAACGACACAUCCAAGCACAGCGCACUCUACCUGCACAAUAAGGUCAUCACGGCGUCCGACCAGGUCCUGGGGUUGGUGUCCCAGUUUCAGAAGAACAGCAAACUAUGACAAGCUCAAGAAGCUUAAGCUACGCCGUUUGUUUUGAUUGACAGCUCGAGCUGCUCUAUGUCCUGAACCUAAUGGAGUGAGAAAUGAAAUGAAAGUAAACGGUGAGAUGAAUGGUGCUGGCUGCUGAAGGAGGUGGGAGGAGAGUAAAGAAGCAUCAAAAGGGCAGCAACUGUCGUCGCCUCCACAGACCUCCACGACGUGGGAGACGCAAAGAGAUGAGAUGUUUCAUGAUGGAGAAGAACGAGCAAUGGUGUCAUCUUCCACGCUUUCUGCUGCAGCUUUCACCUUUAACCAAACCUUUGAGGAAGACAACUGUGUACUUUUUAAUGAUGAAAUUAAUCAGCGGAGAAAGAAAAAAAGAUGGCGUCCAGUUACUAAGUCAUUCGUUUUGUUAAAAGUUGUCAGUGUGGUAUUUCCCAAAGGAAUAAGAAGACAAAUUGCUCGUUCAGUGAGCGGUUACAGAGCUGAAAUUUGAUUUAUGGACACUUCUAGUCCCUCUUAAUGAAACGCUACGAGUCUCCUGGCUGGCGGCUGUUUAGGAUGAGACUCCAUACAUGAAAUGUACUUCAAUCGGAUUUCAAGUCAUAAUCAAAGGUGUAGUCGUGUACAUAGAGACAACACAUUUGGAACGCCACCAGCUGAUAUGUUGGAUAUAUAAUAUAAUAUAAUAUAAUAUAACCAACACGCCUCAGCGGCUGAUACUUGUUAAUAAACGUAAUAUUUUAAACCAGGGGUCAGCAACCCCUGGCUCCAGAGCCGCAUGUGGCUCUUCAGCCACUUUGUUGUGGCUCCCUUCACAACGCUCAAGUAUUUUUUUAAAAUACCCUAAUGGGAAAAAAUAUGCAUUUUUUAAUGAGUUUUUUUUUUAAAUCUGACUUUCUGUGAGACCCUGAAUGAAUUGAAGUGAAUGAGUUCUGACUCGUGAUUGGAUGAGCUCAAAGAGCUCACAUGUGACGAGAAGCAACAAUUUGGUGUAAAAAUUUGGCGUUAAAACUGAUUCAAACUUUCAAAAGUUUAUAAGAUAUUGUUUUUAAAUGAUGUUUUGCGGCUCCUAUCUGUUUUCCUUUAGUAAGCGUGUGGGUAAAAUGGCUCUUUUGAUAAUAAAGGUUGCCGACCCCUGUUUUAAACUAUGGAAUAAACCUGUUUACAUUAGCAGCCAACCCUGAUGGUGGAGAUCGGAGCGGACAUAUUUGCUGAAAGUCCCUAGGACGGGUUGAUCCAGGUCCAGCUACGACCCCUGGUUGAACUGCUCACCUGUGACUCCAGAAAAUGGAUGGAUGUUUUGGGUCAU